AAUAGAAAACGGAAAAACGAAUAGAAAACGGGAAAAUAACAACAGAAAACGGAGAAACUAAUAGAAAACGGGAAAUGAUGAACAGAAAACGGAUAACUGCAUAGAAAACGGACAAUUGCAUAGAAAACGGAGAACAACCACCACCAUGGAAGCACCACCACCACCACCACCACCACCACCACUACUACCACCACUACCACCACUACCACCACCACCACCACCUACCUUCCUAACACCUAUAACCACCACCACCACCACCACCACCACCAUUGACCAACCGAGCAUAGAAAACGGAGCUUCCUGUUUUCUAUGCGGCAAAGAAAACGGGAUGCGAGAAUAUAAGACAAAUUUCCAGCUUCCUUUGUGUUCUGUAGGCCUACUGGAGGUGUUAGGAGCGGGGUUGGGAGUAGGCCUAACCACGGACAGUGAAGUUAUAGGCCUAUGCGUGACGUGUGGUGAAGUUAUAUACAAUCUUGACGAGUGUUACUAUAACUUAUAUAGGCUUAGGCUCAAUAUUACAGGCCUAUUCUACAAUAAUAAUAGGCCUAAGAUGACCCUACGGCUUAUUCCUAGGCCUACUGCCACUGCCACUGCCACUCCUGCUACUACUGCUAUAACUUUUGAUGAUUUAGCUGCGACUAGAUCGAAGAGAGGCAAGACUCGAAGGAAAUCUGCUGCUACUUCUACUUCUACUACUACUACUACUACUACUACUGCUACUACUGCUACUACUACCACUGCUACUGUUAAGAAGAAAGGUGGCAGGCCUAGGAAGCCUUAUGCGUGCAGUGUUUGCCGAAGAAAGUUCCUAACUCAGAGAUCUCUCCACGUUCAUAACUUCAAAGAUCAUCAUGCUACUACUACUACUGCUGCUACUGCUCCUGCUGCUACUCCAGGUGGUGGUGGUGGUGGUGCAUACACGCACGUACACAGUGUUCCUAACUCACAAACACACGUACACAGUGUUCCUAACUCACAAACACACGCACACAGUGUUCCUAACGCGGAGAUCCACACUCAGAACCUUCCUAACACUCAAAUACACACUCAGAACCUUCCUAACACUCAAAUACACACGCAAAACCUUCCUAACACUCAAAUACACACACAAAACCUUCCUAACACACACACACUGACACCAAACCUUCCUAACACACACACACUGACACAAAACCUUCCUAACACACACACACUGACACAAAACCUUCCUAACACACACACACACACUCAAAACCCUCCUAACACACACACACUGACACAAAACCCUCCUAACACACACACACUGACACCAAACCUUCCUAACACAAACACACUGACACAGAACCUUCCUAACACACACCACGUUCCUAACUCACACACCACCAUCAAAUCAGAAGACAACGAGGCGACCACAGCUGCCACUGCAACAGAAAACGGGCGUCAACCACUGCUACUUCCGCAGUUACGAAGGAUUCAGCCGAAACCACAAACCAUAACAUCGCAAAGAGAGGAUGGAACAGUUAUAGUGGUUGUCAAUAGUAGUAGUAGCAGUAGUAGUGCUGUUAUUAGCCUCACUCCUAACUAUCCGGUCAAAAUGCACGCACACACGCACGCAAACGCACACACGCACACGCACGCACGCACACACGACGAGAAAUUGAAGAAAACGCAUUCUUUACCCGCGCAUAGAAAACGAGGGCAGAAAAACGUUCCUAACUGCACUCAAUUUGCGUGCAGAGGUCAGAAAAACAGUCCUAACGCCUCACAAUUUGCGUGCAAGAUUUGCGAGGUGAAUUUUCCCACGCGGAGGGAGCUGUACGCGCACAAACGCACGCACACGCACGCGCACGCAAAAUACACGUGUCCGGAAUGUUUGAGUGCGUUUUCCUUCAAGUACGAACUCAAAAACACACGCAAACACACAUUGCGUGCACUCAGAAGGGCGUGCAUGAAUUUGAGUGCAGUUUGUGUGGCCUGCACGUGGCCUCGCGUGCUGCACUCAAAAUACACGUGCACAGGUACCACGCACGCACGCACGCAAACUCCCACGCAAACUCGCACGCAAACUCGCACGCAAACACGCACGCAAACACGCACGCAAAUGACACGCCCAAGUAUUUGUGUGCGUACUGCGGGCACCUCUCACGCACACACAAGGCCUUCCUCACGCACUCACGCACGCACGAACAUGAAUCGCACGCAAAAAGUGAAAAAAUAGCGAAUUUAGACGAAGAAGUCAAUUUGAGUGCAAAGUCACGCAAAAUUGAGUGCGGGGAGUGUCAUAAGGAGAUGCUGGUGACCUCCCUACGCACGCACACGCACAGGAUGCACGGAGAGGCCAAAUUUGCGUGCGUUUAUUGUAAAGAGAAAUUUUGCGUGCGAUCUGAUCUUAUGAGACAUACAAAUUCUAUGCACGUGUCUCACAAUGCCUAUAAAUGCCAGGAAAUUGCGUGCAGCGAGGCAUUCCCUACCAGUGAUGGCCUCAGGUACCACUUCAAUAAGACGCACUCCUUAGAGACACACGCAUGUACGUUUUGCUCGAAGGCGUAUAAGUGGAAGGGCGAAUUACGUACACACAUUCAGCGCGUACAUGGCAGUCCUGUACGCUUUUCGUGCUCUGUGUGCGCCAAAACUUACACAGAGAGGCGCAAGCUGCUUCAACAUUACUCCCUCAAACACAGCGAUCAGGAGGAGGAGAAAGAUGGGGAUGGUGGCGUAGGCAACCCCGAAGACCCAGCUACCACCACCACCACCGCCACCACCCCAGACGAAGCCGUUACCGAGAAAUUUGAAGAAACGUCGAUCAUUGCCAUCCCUCUCUACCCAAAUACGGACCAAGCUAUUUUGAACGAACCAAUGGGAACAGAACAGGAUUUGAACGGACCAAUGGCGAGCGAGAUUUAUCUAGUACCGGAUUUAACGGUCCCUAUCCACGAGGAGCAGGUGUCUACAAGCUAGUUAUAGUAGUAGUAGUAGUAGUAGUAGUAGUAGUGGUGGUGUAAUUAUUAAUAAUAUUUCUAAUGAA